AGAUAGUGGAUUCUGGAAGCCUCGUUCUACCUGAGUAGUUUCGUUGCAAAUAAGAUCGUGGAGUAGAGUAGUGGAGAUCAAGUGUAGAGUGUAGACUAGUUCAUGAAUUGCACGAUAAUUAUUGUGUUGCUGAAAACGCUACAUGAUUUGGCAGCUGCUUAUUAUGUCAGUAGGUGGUUUAUUAGCGCUAUUGGCCUCUUGCACUAGAUACGGAAGUUGAACAUGACACUGAUGUCGCAUAGUCUAAGCACUCUGCGAUCUCUUUUUUUUAUUACUCCUAUCAGGCCAAUUUCGUUUCCCAUAAUUUCUUGCAUUAUCAUGUCUCUACAAUUUUCUGCAACUCCACCAUUUACAUUAACCUCAAUAUGAAUAAUGUGUGUUUUCUACAAAUGAUGGAAUGCAUUGCUCUUUUCUCUGUAAUCAGUAAUCACUUGCCUUACAUUUACUUGUGCCAUCAUAUGAAUUGAGCUAAUGAACUGAGAGGAGCAUCAUUUGAUAUCUUCUUAGUUUUGUUUUGGUCGUAUCAAACUUAAAUCUGGGAUAAGAUCUUAUUUGGUUAUACUGCUAGGUAGAUUAGCACUAGUUAAUGAGAUGCUUGAGCUCCACUGCACCAUUUGAAGUAAGCACAGUAACUGGUGGUAGGGAAAAGCUUAACCAAGUGCAGCAUUAUUUUAAUUGAUUAGUGUCACUACAGUAGAUGUAUUCAAAUGUUGUCACAGAAGUACAUCUGCAGUUAGGUUUCAGGAUAUGGUUGGAGGAUGAUCAGCUUCCUUUCCCUGUUAUGGUAACUGUGGUGGACUACUGCAUUUUGUUCAAAGUGGGAUGCAGUACUUUUAUCUCAUCGUUUGACUGACAUAAACUGGAUCUCUUAAAUAUGUGAGGCAUCGUGCUAUAUUGUUUGGGCGUCUUGCUAAACACCACCAAAGAUGCUGCAGCACAUAUAGGAGAUAAACUUUCGCUUUUCUUAAAUCUUGUUAAUGAUCUCCGACUACCAAGCAUUGCUCCUUACUUUAGCAAAAAAGGGGCCCUUUGACCUUGUGUUGCUCAGCAAUCAGAAUUCAAUCAACUGCGUAGAACCAGAGCACAUGCAGAAUGAUUAUAUGUCCCUAAACGCUUCUCUUGUUCUAUUCGCUGAGGCUGUCAAAGGAUCUCUGCUAUCUACUAACCUAGAAGUUCAGACAGGGACAUUGGAUUUGAUCUUUCAUUUCCUGUCAUCUGAUGGAGAUAUUUGUGCUCUACUUCAAAUUUUGAUCGAUGAAAACGUUGCUGAUUACAUAUUUGAGGUUCUCAGAUUAUCAGGAAAUAAUGAUCUUGUUGUCAUAUCCUCUAUUCAAGUGCUAUUUCUUUUAGCCAGAUCAGAGGAGAAAUUCAAAGAAAAGCUUGCCAUUGGAUUUUCCACUCUGCUUCCUGUUCUUCACUAUGUUGCAGAGAUACCAUUUCACCCAGUCCAAUCUCAUGUUUUACAACUUGUUUGGAUUUGCUUGGUCAAUUGUUCUGGUAUCCUCUCACUGCCCCAAGAAGAACAGAUAGCCUGUACUUUAACUGCUAUCUUGAGAAGAAAUGGCAAUGGUGAACUUGGCAUGAGUUCUGAAACCUUUAUUCUGGUUUGCUCAAUAUUAAUAGAGAUUCUGAAGUCACCUCAUGCUCAUGAUAUUGAGAAAUUACCAUCAUUUAUUGAAGAAUCAUCAAGAUAUGCGAUAUCUUCAACACUAUCACAUGAGUAUGAUUCUAGGAUCCCCAUUCCUCAUUCCCUUCUUCUUCUGAAAGAAUCACUUCUGUUCUGCCUUGAAGGGAACAAAUAUAAUAUUUCUAGCAAGAAGGAUCUUGAGGAUAGCAUCAUUGGAACUUGUGGAACGAUUUUACUGCAUUGGCUUGAAAGUGCUGUGGUUGAUGGUAAUGAUGAAGAAACACUGGCAGGGAUCCUUCAGAUUUUCCAACUUAUUUUGUCAAGGGCAACUGACAAACCAUUACAGUUUGCUGAGUUGCUAGCUUCAUCUUCAUGGUUUAGCCUGUCAUUUGGAUUCAUGGGCUUAUUUCCUACUGAUAAUGUAAAAUCUGUGGUAUAUUUGGUCACUAGUUCAAUUGUUGACAGAGUUUUGGGCUGUAAUUAUGGGGAAACUAUUAGAGAUGCACACAUUUAUCUGCCAUCAGACCCCACAGAACUGAUGUAUUUGCUUGGGCAAUGUAGUACAGAAGACUUCAACUUGGCAUCAUGCCAAUGCGCUAUACUUUCUAUACUGUAUGCCUGUUCAUUCUACAAUGAAAGGCUGGCUGCUGACAACCAAAUUCUGGCUUGUGUUGAGCAAUACAUCCUCCUCAAUAGUGGAAGCUUCCCAUAUGAAAUUAAUUUUUCUGUUAUGUUUACGCUUCUGGUCCACCUUUAUGCUUAUGUCAGGGGCAUUUCCUAUAGCUGCAGCAUUCCACAUAGUCCAGAAGCUGAGAAUACUCUAUUCCAUGUAAUGACACAAAAGGAUUGGGAUUUGCUUGCUAUCCGAGUCCAUCCAAUAGCAAUAAAAUGGCUCUUACAGAAGCAAGAACUCAUGGAACCAUUUGCCUUCCAGAUGCUAAAUUUUUGUAAAACUUUCUGUGAAGAUGAAACUAUCAUGCUCUCAAACAGCAGUCUGUUGGUGGACAUACAAAUGGUUGCAGAGCUGGUACUUUCUGGAGAAACCGUCAUCUCGUUUUUGCUGGUGUUCUUGCUAAACCAGAUAGUAAAGGAGGGUACUGAAGAAGAGGUCUUAUCAGUUCUCCGUGUUAUCGCUGAAAUCAUCACCAUCUCUCCUUGUUCAUCUGAUCAGUUUAUAUCAUGCGGCAUUGUCAAUUCAUUCCAUGGCAUAUAUUGCUUACCAUACUUUUCAAGGAUCCAAACAGUUUGUUCCUAUUUGAUCUUUAACAUCUUAUGUUCAGCAAGUGCAUUGACAUUAGCUCAGGAAGAUGAAUGGCUUCCUCUUACUAUGAAGCUAUUGGAAUUUAUCAAUUCUGGUAUUGAUUAUACAUCUAAUAACCAAGAACACAAGAUAUUGAUUGGGGUAUUAUGCUUUGUUUUGCAUCAUUCAGCAAACAAAGUUCUUGUUGAGCCUGCAAAAGCCAUAAUCUUGAACAGUUCAUUGGUUUCUUUAACGGAUGUUAUAGUACAGAAAGCAUGUUCAAAAGGCCCAUCUUUAUUUCAACACAAUCAGGAUACAGCCUUUGGAGAACUCCUAAGUCUUGUACUUCUAUUGGUGUUUUUCUCUCUAAGAAGUUUGCAUACAAUUCUAGAGGCAAGUAUUGACUGGCAGGACUUCCUUCAACAUUCAGAAGACAUCCAUUCCUUUUCUGUCCUUGGUAUUCCAUGCCAUGAUUUAUGCCGUCUCAUGCACUUCGGUCCACCACCUAUUAAACUUAUUGCUUCACAAUGUCUGUUGGAGUUGUUUACGAGAAUUUCAGAUCAAAGAACAUGUACUAAUGCUGAAUUAAGAUGCUCUGUGAAGUAUCUGAAGUCCAUUAUUGCAGUGACCGAGGGUUUGGUCUUCGGUGAAGACAGUAAAGUUGCUGGAAAUUGCGGUACCUGUCUCUCUGUGAUUUUAGGUUGGGAGAAAUUUGGAAGCCAAGAGAAGGUGGCGGCCAGAGAAUCCAAAUGGUUUCAAUUAAUAAUGGAGGAAUUUGCUGUUGCCUUGACUGCUCCUGGUUUGACGUCCAAAUCUUUCACCAAUCAGCAGAAGAUUGCAGCGAAUCUAGCUGUUUCAUUGCUCAGGCUGAGCCAAGUACCAGAUUGGCUAACAUUGCUGUUUGAUAGCCAUCUGAUAUCUGGCAUUAUGGCUAAUCUUUCUGCUAGGAAUGUUACUGCAGAAAUUGUCAAUCUCUUCAGUGAGCUCAUGGCUAGGAAAUAUCCGAGUCAAGAGCACACUGUUGCUCUACAUAACUUGUUCCAGGUAUGCAGAAGGCAGGUCUAUGAGGGAAACUCCAAGGCGCAAAUGUUUGGGCAAAGUGUUAAAAAGGUUGCAAGGAGCACCAAUGACAUGGUCGCAUUGCUCUUUGGCCUGAUGCUGAACCAUAACACAGACUCUGCUGCAGUUCAAUCGGAGCAGCAGACGCUCCUGCGUGCAAUUGAUCUGUUCUUCCAGGGGUCAAGCGGGGGAGAACAGCGUUAACAUAAACGCCAACCAGCUUGUUGAGAUGUUGAGAAAAGCUGAUUUUCUUCUUCCACGUUUUCUGAACCGAGUAGAUGAUAUUCCAAACGGGACAGCAAUCCCUCUGUUCCUGAGAGGCUCCUCGAUUUUCCUUCAAUAGAGGAGAAGCUUAGUAAGUUGUAUAUAUACAAAAGUUUUGGUGUAUGCGAUGUGAAUCGAUAGGAUUACAAUCAUUCUUCUGGCCUGAAAUAGUAACAACUAUUAACUCGAAUCUAUAGCCGUAUUCUUCACUAUAUGCAUGCGAGGACUGUAUUGCCACGGGCGCCGAAGUAUGAACUGAUGAUGAUUCUUGUUAACGGCUUUUUUAAUUAAGUUAUUGCUGAAA